AUGGCUUCAAAAUAUCACGAUGAUUGGCAGUCCAGUAAGAAAACAGUCUUACAAAGAAACGCGUAUAUGUUUGAUAACGAAUUGAUGAGCGAUGUAUCUUUCACUUGUGGGGAAUCAAGUCGCAUAUUUCAUACGCAUAAAUAUGUGCUUGCCACGAGCAGUGCUGUGUUUUUUGCCAUGUUUUAUGGCGAUCUAGCUCAGAAAGAAUCUCCCAUUUGCCUUCCAGACGCCGACGAAGAAAGCUUCAAAGAAUUUCUGCGCUACCUCUACACUGACGAUGGUAAAAUCACCGCAGAGAACGCGAUUGGAGUUAUGUAUUUGGCUAAGAAGUAUCUUAUGAUGUCUUUGACAAAGAAAUGUUGCAAGGUUCUAGAGGCAAGCAUUAAACCUGAUAAUGUUUUCGUGGUGUUGGAGCAAGCUAUACAAUUUGAUGAACAAAAGUUGGAAGCAAAGUGCUGGGAUAUUAUAUCGAAGAAAACUCAGGAAUGUAUAAACUCAGAAGCAUUCUGUAAUGUCGGAUCACAUACCCUGAAGGUUUUGUUGAAGAGAAGGCCAUUGGAAUUAGCUGAAGUGGAAGUGUUCAAAGCAGUGUUAAAAUGGGUAGACGGCGAAUGUUCAAGACAAGGUCUGAAUAUUGAAGAAGACAAAAUGGCAAGAAGACGCGUUCUAGGGGAUAGUGUAUAUGAAAUUCGUUUCCUUGAAAUGUCACAGGAAGAUUUCGCGAAAUAUGUCUCUUCUACUAGAAUACUUACAGAGGCAGAAGUUAUAUCUAUUUUCCAGAAAUUUAGCGGAUUAGACGUGGCUGGCUUGGAAUGGAAGGAGCAAAAGAAAAGGCAGCCUUAUAUAGUCGGUUUUAGCAGAUUUGACGUUGCGAAUGCAUCAAGUGGCUGGAACUAUAGAGGAGGUUCCGACGCUCUUAUUCUGAUUGUCAACAAAGCUGUUCUCUUUCACGGUGUUCGCUUGUUUGGUGACUCCGGUGGUAGUCGAUACGAAGUCAAGUUUACGGUGAAAAAUGAAAAUGUAAAAGGGACUUACACUUCAGAACGAGACAAUGAUCGUGGAUGGGGAUAUGAUGUCAUGUUGCCCAAACCAGUUCCGAUAAAGCGAGAUGAAAAGUUUACAAUAAUCGCGACAAUAGAAGGACCACAAUCUCACAUCGGGAACAAAGGAAAAUCAUCGGUGAAAGUUGGUGACAUUGUCGUGACUUUUAAUGACGCACCGUACAGUUUAAGUUCAAAUUGUACAAAUAAAGCUGUGGGUCAGUUUUACAAAAUUUUCCUUUCUGAUCUGUAA